AUGGCCGCACGAAGCGCAGCUCUGAAGCUCGACUGGGCCAAGGUCACGACCUCCCUCGGCCUCCGCGGCCAGACCGUCGCCUCCCUCCAGGCCUUCAAGAAGCGCAACGAGGACGCCCGCCGCAAGGUCCAGACCCUCUCCGAGCUCCCCACGACCGUCGACUUCGCCCACUACCGCUCCGUCCUCAAGAACCAGGCCGUCAUCGACGAGAUCGAGAAGCGCUUCGCCGCCUUCAAGCCCGCCAGCUACGACGUCGCCCGCCAGGUCAAGGCCAUCGAGGCCUUCGAGGUUGAGGCCGUGAAGAACGCCGAGGCCACCAAGGACAAGGUCGACCUCGAGCUCAAGGACCUCGAGAAGACCCUCGCCAACAUCGAGACCGCCCGUCCCUUCGAGGACCUCACUGUCGACGAAGUCUCCGCCGCCGAGCCCUCGAUCGACGAGAAGACCUCCCAGCUCGUUUCCAAGGGCCGCUGGUCCGUGCCGGGAUACAAGGAGAAGUUCGGCGAUCUCUCUGUGCUAUAG